AUUCCCAGAAUCCAUUAGAAAAUUGGAGAGCAAAGUACGAUUCAGAUUGCCUGACUCAACUAGAUUUUUUCGACUUUCUGCGGAGUACUGCGACGCAAUUUAUCAAUGUAGAGCAGAAGUCGAGCUCGGAACUAGUUUUUUUUCUUUGGAGAAGCGGACAAGUAAUCGGAUAAGGAUUUAUUAAGGCUUAAUGAAGGUUUAAAGAUGUUCAAAAACUCAUGCAUGGGAUUAUUUAGAGUGAACAAAAAGAUGAUGGUACUCAGUAUAUAUCGCUGAUCGAAGACCCGCAACCAUAUGCACACAUAGUGUUGACACCUCAAGCAAUAUACGAUCCCACAAAGCUGAGAAAUAAAAUAUGUACUGCUAGUGUCGCACAAUUCAGCGCCCCCACCGGAAGGCUAAAAGAAUCCACAUUAACAUUCCCAUAAAUAAGAUCGCCAUUGAAGAUAUCUUCGUCUAAUCUAUCGUUCAUGUACGAGCGGAAUAACCCAUGAAAUCGUGGACACAUAAGAAACUCACUAACAGAACGGAAAAAUAGGCGGUAAAUACUAGCGUCAAGGUAAAUUAUGAAAACGGAAAGGUAGCUACAACUUAGACGAGCAGAAUAUUAAGCAUAAUACCAUUGAAUUGUUCGAAAAGUUUAUAUGCGGGGAUAAUUCACAGUUGUUUUUGGAAAGAUUAAAAUUGGAAGAUAAUGUCGCUUCUAUUUGUGGUCGGGUGUUCAAAAUCGGCGAGCCGACAUAUAGUUGCCGUGAAUGUAGUAUGGACCCAACAUGCGUUUUAUGCUCAACAUGUUUCAAAAAAUCCUCACAUCGACUUCAUAAGUACAAAAUGUGUACAUCAGGAGGAGGAGGAUGUUGUGAUUGUGGUGAUAAUGAAGCUUGGAAACGAGAUCCAUUUUGCGAAGAACAUAAAGCUACUGUAACCAAUGUAUCGGAUCUUUCCAUUAUCACAGACAAAGUGAAACGAUGCAGUGAAAUAGUAUUUAAAGGUAUUUUACAAUACUGCACUAAAACGUUGCAGAUACAAUCUGACAGUAGUUUGGCUAAUUUCGGUGGUAUUGAUGAAGAAGAUGUUUAUUGUACGAUUUUAUACAACGACGAAACACAUACUUUUGAUCAGGUUAUUCAAACACUAACAUCUAUUGUUAAAUGUACCCAAAAAGAAGCUAUUGAGUAUGUGACAAGCAUCGAUCGCGAAGGUAGAGCAAUAGUGAAGUGUGCUCCAUUUGAAACAUGCAAAAAGCUAAAAGAAGACAUCGAGAAUAAGGUUAUACGAUCAACAAUGACAACCAAAUCUUCGCCUUUAAAGGUUACUGUGCUUCAUAAAAAAGAAGUGGCCUACCAAUAUAUGGCAAUGCAGAUACUGGGUUGGUUUCAAGAUUUCUUGAUCAAACACUCGACAUUUCGAUCAAUAUUUUGCAGCAUAGUAGGCGAAAUGGGUAUGCCGUAUAACCUGAAACAAAUUAUAAGCAACGAUCACAAACUCUGGAAAUCCGCACGAACUUGUUGGCAUCGACUUUUAAUUUCAGGCAUGCUGAUGGAGUACAAUCAUAAAAAAGAGCUGGCUGUAAUGUUCACUAAACUGUAUGCAAAUCUGAUGCAGGAUUUCAUAAGAGAUGACCAUUAUCAUUCGUUUUCUAUUGCUUCGCUUAGUGUGCAACUUUUUACUGUGCCAACUAUCGCACAUCAUCUCAUUGCGCAUGAAUUGGCCUUUUUUAAACUAAUGCAUACAUUUUACUCCGAGUCUAUUGAAAAGUACGUCAAAAACAAACACCUACAAUUUGCAAAGAAUACCUCGACCAUGAAUGUAUUCAAGCGAGCAUCUUAUAUUCUAAUUGAUUUAAAAUACUUGCUCAGCUUCAAACCAGAUGUGUGGACACAGGAACUGCGAACUGGGUUUCUCCACGGUGUCCAAAUUUUGAUACGUUUGCUAAAAUGUAUGCAAGGGAUGGAUGCGGUUACACGACAGGUGGGUCAGCACAUGGAGUACGAACCUGAAUGGGAAACUGCUUUCACCCUGCAUUUGAAACUAUCUCAUUUAAUCACGCUUGUCUUGGAAUGGUGUAGCACAGAUAAAGUAGUUCUUGUGAAAGUAUAUCGUAUGUUAUUGUCUGCGUUAGCUGAAGUCAAAUUUAUAGUAUCAGAAACUACCGUCGAAGUGAAAGAGCUUGCAGAUCAUAGUGCUUCAUGUCUGAUUUACGAUGUAGCAUCUAAACCGGUUUCAAUACAUUUACCACUAACACGUUUCCUAGCUGGUCUUUAUGUUCAUUUUGAAAAAUUCGACUUAACAUACGAUACGGUGGCACCAUCUUCAGCCGAUAAACCCACCCCAGAACAAAUUAUUGAGCCUGUAUUGUGUACCAGAACAAUGAUAUCACAGGUCUAUGCAGGAAUGUGGCGUCGAAAUGGAUACUCAUUAUUGAAUCAGCUUUACUUCUACCGUAAUGUGAAGUGUCGCUAUGAAAUGCUCGAUCGUGAUAUCGCUAUUCUACAAAUUGGUGCUUCGUUGAUUGAAAGUAAUGAAUAUUUGAUUCAUAUUAUGAACAAGUUCAAUCUCAUUGCAUGGACAAACGAUGAUUUUGAACCAACGAAUGCAGCCAAUCCAGAAGAGGAUGGAAUUAGGCAAAUUAUUAAUAUGGUAGAUGAAUUACUUGAGCUUCUUAUCAUAAUUAUUAGUGAGCGUUUUGUUCCCGGCAUAGGCAUGAUACCAGAAGAAAACCGAAUAAAGAAAGAAAUCGUGCAGCAAUUGUGUAUUAAACCUUACUCCCAUUCAGAGUUAAAUCGUUCACUAAAUGAAGAUUCUAGUAGCGAAACCGGAAUGGAAAGUGUAAUUGAUGAGAUUGCAACAUUCGUAAAGCCAAGUAAAUCUGAUAAAAAGGGGGUUUAUGAAUUGAAACCUCAGUAUUUCGAUUGGUAUAAUAUGUACUUUUAUCACUAUAGCAAGGAGGACAAAUCUAAAUCUGAAGAAGCGCAAAGAAAGCGUUGUAAAGAGAGAGGUGAUUUAGUUUGUUGUCCACCUCCAAAGCUUCCACAGCUGACACAAUCAUUCAGUAUGAUUGCCAAUCUUCUACAAUGUGAUGUCAUGCUACUUAUUAUGAACACUGUGUUAAAACGAACGUUAGACCUUAAAGCAAUCACGUUUUCGGAAAGCCAUCUGCAAAAGGUACUUCAUUUGAUUGGAUAUGCAGUCCAAGAAGAAGACUCAGGUAAUUAUCCUUUCCUGAACUUCAUUAAGCGCUCUAGCAGGACAAAUCUGUUGCAGAUGAUGGAAGAAUUGGUGAAUAAUGCGAGGGUUGAGUCUCAAAGAGAUCUUUUGUUAUGGGUCAUACAAAAGUAUAAGGAUGUAAUAAUCAAGUCGCAGGACAAAACUAUGGAAGAAGAUAUUUCAUCAAUCGAACAACAGGGAGUGUCUUCUGUAGACCAUGCCGAAACAGAGCGAUUUGAAAAGGAAGAACGAGCUAAAAUGGCUGCUCGACGUCGUGCACAAAUUCUUAUACAAAUGCAGAACGCCCAGAAAAAAUUCAUGACUUCUAAUGCGGAGCAUUUUGAAAAUAAUAACGACGAUGAAAAAACAACUGCCUCUACUAUGGAUUGGCUGUCAAUUGCCGAAGAAACUGAUCAACAACCGUGUAUUGGUUUGAAACGAAAAGUUCAACGUACUGAGGAAGCACGAUAUAGAUGCAUUCUUUGUUCUGAGGAAUCACCAGUGACGAAAACUGACGAGUGCAUGGUGUUUGCUGCUUUUGUACAAAAAUCUAGUGUACUUUCUCGAUAUCAACAAACGGACGAUCAUGGCCAACUGAAAUAUUUGGAAACAAGUACACAUCCUUCUCCGCAUGUAAGCACAUGUGGGCAUGUCAUGCAUGCGUCUUGUUUCGAAAAAUACUUUAGUAAUGAAAUGAUAAAGGAAAAUCGUAGGCCAUACAGAAAUCGAACGCCAGUGCUUUUCGAUAUUGAGAAACGCGAGUUUUUAUGCCCUCUUUGUCGAUGUUUAAGUAAUGCCUUGUUACCACUUCUUCCCUCACUCAACUGUUUCAACGAAAAUGAUUGUUUUCUGAAAAUCAUACCUGAUGCAAUUGAUUUUAAAAACUGGUAUCAAAUGAUGGACGAAUUCGUCAGGGCCUUCAGAUGUUCAAGCAAACAAGAUCAAUCCGAUGGAGAUGACUCAAAGGAGUCAGCAAAGCAAGUUCGACAGGUUUACACAGAAACAGUAUUGAGUAGGUUUGCAUUUGCUUACGGCGUAACCUCGGAAACAAAGAAAGAAUAUACGAAGUCACUCGUGAGUGAAUCUAUCGAGGAAUAUAUUGAUAAAUUCUGCCUUGCUGUGCACGCCGUCGCACCAUUCUCGACAACAACCAAACAUUUUGAGGAAUAUCUGGUAACCUGGAUGUCUUGCGCAUACACUAUAGAAUCAUUAGAGAUGCUACUACGUGCCACUAACAAACCACUGUCCGGAGAGCUGUCAAUUAGGUGCACUACAUGCCUGUCUGGCUUUGUACGGAUCUCUGCAGUUUUAGGAAACAACAUCAAAACGUUCAAUUCUAACUUUGUGGACUACAUGUGUGAUUUGCAUGAUACGUUGCUGGGCAAAAAAAAGUCUCAAUUUCUUGAAUGGGAUAUUUUCGGUAUGAUGACUUCUUUGUUACUCACCACUCGGUGUGUACUGUUUGGUAUAAGCAAAGAAGAUACAAUACCAAAAGGCAAUAGUUUCGAUCAUAACAUUCUAAUUGCUAUGUUUCUCGUAAACGCAGUGCGAGUUAUUGUAACACAUGAAAUAAAGUUCCCACAUGAAGAUAUUGACGAUAUAGUGCUUGAAGAUCGCAUUGAGCGUUCUGAACAUCUCACCGAUAUUUUUAUAAAUUACAAUAUUUAUUAUGAUAAUGAACGCCCUCUCCCAAAAAUGAUGAAAUCGCACCUGCAAUUAACAGUUAGGGAACAAAGCCAAACAUUUUUGAGAUGUGCCUGUUUAUUUUUCCAUGCGAUAACGGAUGUAGAUCUUCCUAGGGACGAUGGAUUCGACGCGCUGACUUUAUAUUUAGGACUGGAUUCGGAUAUAUGUUCUUAUUUCAAUAAUGAUACCUAUUACCAAUUCAUAUUAUCCCUCGUUAAUGCCAACCAUCAAGAAUUACAAGCGGUGAAACAAAACAUUAGGAUAAAACAAUCAGGGGAUAUCGUUCCAAUCAUACAGGCAAUACCACCUGUUAGACAACUGAUAGACUUGCCAGAAGAUUACAGCGAUUUAAUCAACAGUGUAUCAUUUUUUUCCUGUCCAAAUAAUGUGAGAGAUGAGUCGCGAAACCCCACAAUGUGUUUGGUAUGUGGCGAAAUAUUGUGCUCUCAAUCAUUUUGCUGCCAAAAGGAGUUGGAUAAAAGUUCGGUUGGCUCAUGCACAUAUCACGUGCAUACGUGUGGUGCAGGAAUUGGAAUAUUUUUAAGAAUACGGGAUGCAGAAAUUUUACUGCUUGGUAUAAAUAAAGGUUGUUUUAUUCCUGCGCCUUAUUUGGACGAAUAUGGCGAAACGGACCAAGGUCUACGAAGAGGCAAUCCGCUGAGGUUGUGUAAGGAACGUUACAAGAAACUACACAUUAUCUGGCUUAGUCAUGGGAUACAUGAAGAAAUUACUCGUCGAACUGAAACCCAGCAAACACUGUUCGCGACACAGUGGCUAAAUCUAUGAAAAUCUAUCGUUGCAAUUAAAAUACUGCACAAAGAUGUAAAGAACCAAACACGCCAGGGGUUUUCAUUAUGUUUACUGAUUUUUGAAACUAGAAAUUCGAAACUUUUUAUGUAAAUUUGUUUGCUAUAUUUAACAAUUGUUGAUAGAAAAAUUAUUGGAACUUAAUUCGACGAUAAUAAUGAGUACUAAUAAUAAUAAUAAUAAUAAUAAUAAUAAUAA